AUGGCAUCUACUCCGGAAGUCGUGGUACCCAUCGAGGUCAACAAAGUCUUUGAUACUUCCAAGGAUACCUCGAUCGAUGAGAAGAAAACACCUAUCGCUACCGACCUUGAGCUUGUUCCUUCGGAAAAAGAUGGCGAGGUCGAAGUUUCAUCGCACUGUGGUUACACUCCAGAACAGUACAAGAAAGUUCUCAGGAAGAUAGGCAUGUUUCCAGCGAACGGCCGACAUAUCCCCCUGCCACGUGCUAACUCCCGGCUAGAUCGAUUCCUCCUCCCCCUGAUGUGGUUCUGCUAUGGCAUCCAGCAAACCGACAAAACCGCCCUCGGCACCCAGGCCAUCUUCGGUCUUCGCGAGGACACCGGCCUUGUUGGACAGCAAUACUCCUGGCUUACCACAAUCUUCUAUAUCGCGUACCUCUGCGGAGAAUUUCCUUCAAACUUUCUGCUCCAGCGCUGGUCCCUUGGCAAGUCUCUUAGUAUCUACAUGUUCUGCUGGGGAGUUGUGGUCACCUGCAUCGGCGCUGCCCAGAACUGGUCCCAUCUCAUGGCGCUGAGAGCGCUGCAGGGAUUCUUUGAGUGUACUAUCUCUCCGGGAUUUGUGUUGGUUAUUGGGAGUUGGUAUAGGACCGAGGAGCAUAGCUCUAGGGCGUUGUUCUUCCAAAGUGCCAACGCUGGCUUCGGAAUUAUCGGCAAUCUGAGUAUGUAUGGAAUUGGGAGCCAUGCGGAAGAGUACGGCGGCCUUGCGGCAUGGAGGUGCAUCAGUCUCUUUCUCGGGGCAUGCACUGUUGUGCUGUCACUGAUUUGUUUUGGGCUGCUUGGAAGUCCGAAGGAAGUAUUCUGGUUGUCGAGUGAGGAGAGGAUGAUUGCGCAAUCUCGUGUUGUCCAGAACAAAGCCGGACGAGACGUCACUGGCGUGAAGUGGGCAUGGUACCAAGUCGGCGAAGCAUUCAGAGACCCCCAGCUCUGGUUCUGCAUGGUCAACGCCUUCCUCUCUUCAGUUCCGAACGGCUGCCUCACAACAUUCGGCAGCAUCAUCAACAAGUCCUUCGGCUUCACCGAACUCCAGGUCCUCCUCGUCGAAAUUCCCCGCUCCGUGAUCUCAGUCCUCAUCUUCGUGGCCGUCGGCUUCUAUACUCGCAACGUCCCCAAUCGCAGAAUGUUCGUCAUGGCUGCUGCCUGCGUCCCACCCUUCGUCGGGCUCCUGGCAAUGUCCAUGCUACCCAACACACAGCAGUACAAAUGGACGAAAUGGGGCAUGUACCUCAUCACCGUGCCCUUUGUGCUGGCGAUGUUCUUGGCUUGGACUCUUAUCCCUUCGAACGUCGCCGGCAGGACGAAGAAGACAAUCAUCAGCUCCGCGACGUUCGUGGGCUAUUGUGUCGGGAACAUGGUGGGCGCGCAGAUCUUCAAGGAGGCGGAUGCGCCAAGGUAUGUUCCGGGCACGGUUGGAGCUUGUGUCUGCUUGGGACUCGAGGGACUGUUGAUUUGUGCGUGGAGAGGUUAUUACAUGUGGCAGAACUGGAAGCGAGAUAAGGCUGCUGCUGCGAGUGGAUUGAGCAAGGAGGAACAGGAGAGGGUUGGACAGGGGAUGGGAGAGGCGAAUAUGACGGACCUCGAGAAUCCGCAUUUUAGAUAUACCUUGUGA